AUGAAGAUCUUUGCUCUAUUGCUAAUCUUAGUUAUAGUGUCAGGUACAAAUCAUCAAAAUAGACUGAAUUACACAAAGUAGAGAUCAAUGACAGCUAUAAUGGCAGAGGUGGAGAUAAAGAUAAAAUCUCAUGCUCCAUUAGAUGCUGUUUUGAACGUUCUUACAUUAUUUAGAGAUUCUGUCAAUGAAGAAUAAGUAAAUCAUGACUAAAUCUUCAAUUUGGAAUAAAAUGAAUGUUAGAAUGAAUAUGAAUUUAGAAAUGCUGAGAUUCAAAAUGCAAAAAAUACACUAAGAGAUUCAAAUGCUCAACUAAGCAUUUGUUAAUAUACUAAAUAGAGAACAACAGAUUAAUAGUAGGUGAAUUAGUAAUAGGAGAAUACAUUUUAAUAGCAUCUUAAUACUAUUUUAACAACAGCUGAAUCAGAAUAAGGAUAUUUUAAGAAGAGAAGUAGAUAAUAUGAGGAUUCAUUACAUUCAAUAGAUGAAGCAUUGACAAUAUUAGAAGGUAUAUCCAAUGGAUACAGAAGCUUUUCAGAAUUAAGUAAAGUAAGUCAAAAGAUGUUACAAACAUCUUUUGAUAUAAAUAAAACAGGAAUAUAUGCUCCAAUUUUUAACGCAUUCAUAGGAUUGGCUAAUUAAGGAGAGUCAGUUGAUUUGAGUUCAUUGUAAUAGGUGGAACAUUUACUAAAUGAUUUAAGAUCAACAAUUCAAGAGGCAUUUAAUUAAUUUACAGAUUCUAACGCUUAAAGUGUAGGAUUAUUCAAUCUAUAAUAAGAGAAAGUGAAAAAGGUGUUAACAAGAUUAGAAUAAUAAUAUGAAAGAUAAUAAGCUAAACUGGAAAAGUCAUAAGCUUGUAUUGGUGUCUAAUCAGCAGUAUCUAAUUCAGCAUUAUCAAAAUAAUAAAGAAAUGAAUAAUUAUUUGAAUAAGCAAAGGCUUUAUGUUCGACUUUUGAAAAUGAGUACAAUUUGAGUACUAAAUCAAGAAGAAAUGAGAUUUAAUUGGUGAAUCAAUUAGAGGAUAUGGUUAGAUAGAGAUUUGAAGUUGUCAAAGAAGAAAAAGCAGUAUUCAGUACAUAUGCAAAAUUGAAAUAUUGAGUAAUUC